AUGAACCCCGAGAUUCCCUCGAAACCAGCUUUGCCUCCUCUAGCUGCGCCUUCUCCAGCUCGUGCUUCACGUUUCACAGGCACCACGCCCAGGGCAGUUGUAGUUCAGAUACUUUAUCACUUGUGUCACAACGCUUUCUUUCCUUGCCGCACCAGCCGCGCGAAACUGGAGCUCUGGGUUUGGAGAGUGUGGGAACACGGCUUGGAGGCAGUCGGCGCAGCCACUAAUACGAGAAAAUUGCCCCUACUGCCGACCGAUACGGCUGCAGCUUACUUAAAUCCACACAAUCAGGAACGCAUCUACGUCAAAGGAUGUCAGAGGGACGUUCGGAUUGAGCUGCGUGCAUACGCUUCGCCCUAUGACCAAUAUCUAAGGCACUUCACCAUCACUGUAAACACGACCGAACCAGAGGGCAGGGCGUCCGUCAGCAUGAUCUGCAGGAACGGUAGCGGUGUGUUGCUCUUGCACACCGAUGCUAAUACCGAUGCCACGGGAUUGUUCAUAGGGCUGCUUGAACCUUGGCAGCAUUUUGCGACGAAUACUUCGUUCCCUUUACAAGUCACCAGGUGUAGCGAGGUGAUGAUCAAGUUCAGAUUAGAUAAAGUCUGCACGAUUCGUGUAUCCAACGAGUAUUCACCUUCCCAUCAUAUCACUUUCGUAGACAUGAUUUCACGUGAAAUACUAGGUUGUCAUAGUAUGUGCCUUUCGGUGUCAAAAGUUUUCGCCUGCUCCAAAAUGAAAGGAAAGGAUGGUGGAAGGGUAGUGGCGUCACCUAGUGCUCUGGAUUAUCCCACUAUCCCCAUGAACCUGAGUGCUCUACCUUGGGCCUUAAUAUUUUCAUCCUUCCUUCACACCUUUUUACCCUUGACUAUUGUGAGAGAUGCGACUUUCCUUAGUAACCUCUACUCUCCCUUAUCGAAGCUUAAUCCCGAUUGUGCCCGCCACCACCACACCAAAAUUCGACCUGAUUCCGCUCAAUAA